CCUUGAGUCAUACACGGUUUGCCUUUAGCCAUGUUAUUGUUUUCAUCUUCCACGGAAGGAUUAAUAUUUGCUCUUUAUAGUAGGUGAAUUGUUUGUUUCACUUGAAAGUAAUAUAUCCUAGAAAGCAUCCAUCACACCAAUGCCUUAAGUGAUCUGUGCUGUCAGCAUGAAUGACAUGAACCUCAGCCCAGUUGGCAUGGACCAGCUCAGCGUGCCGCCUGUGAGUGCAAGUCACCUUGGCCUCCCCACAUCCCCAACGCACAAUCCUAUCACCACUUCAGGCAUGCCAGUAGCUAUACCCAGCUUGGGUCCGUCACUUGGGCCUCUUCCUUCUGCACUGUCCCUGAUGUUACCCAUGGGUCCUUUAGGGGACAGAGGUGUUAUGUGUGGCCUUCCGGAGAGAAAUUAUACAUUACCACCUCCUCCAUACCCACACAUAGAGAGCAGCUACUUCAGACAUAUCCUUCCAGGUAUUCUGUCAUAUCUGGCAGAUCGUCCCCCUCCCCAAUACAUUCAUCCCAGCAGCCUUAACAUGGAUGGGACUCUUUCAGUGUCCAACAACAACCCCUCUGGUUUAGACCCAUACAGCGGCCCCGGCGGCCCUCUAGAACAAGGCCUGGUAACCCUAGACACAAGACAGGUCGGAGGCCAGGCUGAUCUCCACCAAGGAGGCUCUCACGAGGUUCAGCUAGAUGCCACAGGACUAACCAUGGAGUCUCGUGUAAGUAGUCCUAUGUCUCCCGAUGGAAUGGAAGAGGACCUGGCUACCAUGGAAGGUGUCGUGGUGGCGGAGACGCAGCAGCAGAUGGGCACCAGGCCUCAGCCUCAUGAGGGUUUGGCCGGUGUGGACUCCUCAGGAGGUGUGAUGCCCCUCCACGGAGCGGGGCUGGAGCUUCCGGUGGUGAUGGAGCAGGAGCACAUGGGCGGCAGAGUAGGGUCCAACACUACAGGAGCGGGCGGACCAGGGACGCUGAGUGAAGCCUUGCACUCCACCGGAGAGCUGAACUCCGGGGUGGUUAGUGUGGUGCUCACGGGGGCCAUGCCACCUCAAGCUCAACUAGAAUCGGUAUCUCUGCAUGGACCUACAGGAAUGGGACUCGAGCCUGUUAAUGUGUCACCCAUCACCGCAGAAGUGUCUCUUGGGCCGGACAACAGUCUGGUGCUAGUGAACUCUACCUUACAGCUAGAAGACUCAACAUCUAAUAAGGAAAACAUGGCCACUGCCUUCAACAUAUGGUGCACUUUAUGUGAGCGGUCAUAUCCGUCGGACUGCCCUGAGCAUGGACCUGUCACUUUCAUCCCAGACACGCCCAUUCAGAGCAGAGCCCGCCUCUCUCUGCCCCGCCCCCUCUGCCUUCGCAUUUCUGUAGCUGAUGAGCCCAUUGGUGUUUUUGCUAGAGAGACCAUACCCUCCAGGACCUGCUUUGGGCCGAUGGUCGGACAGCACUGUAGCAGUGUAGAGCUUACAGACUGGUCUGAUAAGGAUACUCCUCAAAUAUGGAAGAUGUUCCAUAACGACAUCCAAGAGUUCUGUAUCGUGACGACAGAUGAGCAUGAAUGCAACUGGAUGAUGUUCGUACGGAAAGCAAGAACCACAGAGGAACAGAAUCUCGUGGCAUAUAUUGACAACGGGAAGCUGUACUUCUGCACGUCCAGAGAGAUUCUGCCGGAUCAGGAGCUGUUGUUUUACUACAGCAGGGACUACACCAGACAGCUAGGUGUUCCCAGAGUGCCGGAGGGACAGAUUUGUCAUUGCGGCAAAGAAUGUGGCUCUUUCACAGAGUUCAAGUCGCACCUGAGCAGCCACGCCCAAAGUCACAGCCCCUCCCAGGACCACCCUGCUCACGCUGCACACAACCAGUCCCGGUCCCAGGAGAAGGUGACCAACGAGUCGUCCCAGUCCGCCUCCUCGCCGCAGUGGCAGUGCCACUCGGAUGUGAACGAGCACUCCAGCAGCAGCGGCGGCAGUAACGGGCACGGUCGCGAGAGGAAGUUCAAAUGCAGCAUGUGCACUCGAGCGUUCACUACGUCGACCAAGCUGAACGUGCAUUUCAUGGGGCACAUGGGCAUGAGACCACACAAGUGUAGCUACUGCAGCAAAGCCUUUAGCGAUCCCAGCAAUCUCAGGAAACACCUGAGAAUCCACACAGGCCAGAAGAACUUUAGGUGCACAGUAUGUGGGAAAUCUUUUACUCAGAAAGCACAUGUGGAAUCUCACAUGGUUAUACACACUGGUGCCAAGAACAUUAAAUGUGAUCAUUGUGACAAGAUGUUUGUGAGGAAGCAAGAUCUCAAACAGCACAUGUAUUCACAUUCACUAGACCGUCAGAUAACUUGUCCAAAGUGUAACAAACAGUUCUUGAAGACCGACCAUCUCAAAAAACACCUGAACUCUCACGACGGGAAGCGGGACUUCAUCUGUGAAAAGUGCAACAAGGGCUUUCUCACUAAAUACCACCUCACGCGCCACCUCAAAAUCUGCAAAGGUCCUAAGAUCGGUCGAGGGCCAGCGCAGGGUGAGGAAGGGGAGGAGGAGGAAGACGAGGAGGAAGAGGAUGAGGAGGACGAGAGAGAAGCUGAGGGACAAAUCAAUCCAGCCAACGAGGAGGACUGUGGAAUAGGGAUGAGAGGAUACACUUCAGAAAAAAAAUACGUAACGGGAUGAACCCAGACCUUAUCUAGCCUAUUUAUUUGUCCUUUAUUGUGUGUCCCCUUUCUACCCGUCAGCCUUUAUUUCCUGAUGCCAAAAUUUGUGUACGUCUAAAUAAGAAAAAAUUAUGCAUCACAUAUUUAUAAGUCGAGUGUCGCUGUUAAAAUGAUAUAUCAUUGGCCAAACAGUAAACAAAAGACAUUGCCUUUUUUAUAUUUUUUUCUUUACAUUGUUUUUGUGGGAAAACUUAUUUGACCAAAUAAGCCACUGAUAAUAAGUCGGUUUAACUGAAAUAAGCCUGGUUUAUUUAGGUAAACUUGUUUUAUGAAACUCGUUCACUGGAGCCAUGCCUCUUCUGUACUCUAAUGUUAUUGUAAAUAAAUAAAUAUUGAGUUUUA